AUGGUAUCUUCGGAAACUUUAAACACCAGUGAUUCUCAUAUAAGUCAAAAAAAGACUGGAUUUUUCAACAAGUUGAUCAAAAAGUCCAAGGAUCUGAAGAGCCUGUCAAGAACGUUAACUCAAUCCGAGUUGAAAUCAAUUUCCCUGGCUAGUCGGAGAUCGAGCAUCAAAAAUGGUAAACGGGAUUCUAUUUAUAGCAAGCACUUUGUUGAUGAUGAUAAUUCGUCAUUAUAUAAUGAUGACAUGGAUGAUAUUAACUCAAUAAUAGAUGAUGAGACGGAUGAAUCGAUGUUUGGAACAAGUAAUAUUUCGGACUCACGAGCAUCCUUUGAGAAAAUAGUCACAAAUAACAAUUCUACUUUUGAUAAUCAUACAUUAAGUGAAAAGGUAAUGUUCCCUGCCAGCACUGAGGGACUAGAUAUGGAUAUCCCUAUUGAUCAAGAGCCGCCUUAUGUUGGUCUUACGUAUGAAUCGUUCCUUAGUCCCAAGUACAUAAAAACAACCCGCAGAAAUAAACAGAGUCCAAGGAUUGUAAAUAAUUUGUUUUUGGCGCAAGAGUUAAAUGUCAACGAAACAGCAAUUAAUAAUGGCGACGGCGAAGUUGAAACGGAGGAUGAACACGAUGGAUUGCUGCAUGAUGAGGAUUUUGGAGGAGACACCAGAAGAGAGGUAUUUGUUAUGGAGUUUAGUAAAGACGGAAAAUAUCUAGCGGCAGCUGGAAGAGACUCUGUCAUAAGAAUAUGGAAGGUUAUCUCGUCUCCACUUGCAAGGAUGGAAUUCAAUCAACUUGAGAAGGAAAAUGGCCCACCCCUACGCAGCAACAAAAGAGAUAGUGUGUUUGAUACAGCGCCUGUAUUCCAUAGACAGCCAGUGAGGGAGUUCAGAGGUCAUACCAGCAGUGUGUUGGCAUUAGCAUGGAGCAAAAAUAAUUUCUUGAUUACCGGGAGUAUGGAUAAGACGGUCAAGCUAUGGCAUGUGGAUCGUGACCGUUGUCUUCAGACUUUCGAGCACGAAGAUUUUGUAACUUCAGUAAAGUUCCACCCGCUGGAUGACAGAUUUUUUCUUAGCGGGUCUCUUGAUAACGGGGUUCGUCUUUGGUCAGUGUUAGAAAACACCGUUUCAUAUAGUAAGAACUUGGGCGAUGAAGUAUUGAUUACUGCAUUAGAGUUUUCUCCCGAUGGUCUACAUUGCUUUGUUGGCGGCUUCAAUGGCUCUUUGUUCAUUCUUGAAACCAAAGGGUUGUUUGAGGUGUUUAGAGUUGAAAUCAAAGAGAGAUCAAUAGUUCAUCCGUUUGUUAAUAAAAAUGGUAACAAAAUCACUGGGAUUAAAGUUUUUGAUAACGACCUAUAUCAAGGCUCAGGGGUACCAGGUCAAUUGGACAAGUGGACCGUUUUGGUUACAACAAACGAUUCCAAGAUCAGAAUCAUCACUACUACACAAAAGAGAUUGAUAACAAGAUUUCGGGGACUAACAAAUAAUUCAUCAUCUAUUGUUGCCCAUAGCAGUGAAGAUCAGAAAUAUAUCAUUUCGGGAUCUGAGGAUCACUAUUGUUAUAUCUGGGAGAAUAACAAUUCAAUUAUCAAUAACAAACUCAAGCAGUCGUUAAAAGAGUUUAUGAUUGAUGGUAAACAACACAUUUCAGACUUUCAUCACAAGCACGAAAAGUACUCAAAGUUUGUAUCGUUGAACAAGUUUUUAAACAAGUUUUUAGAAGAAGAUAAAGAUCGAAAGUACGACUUUGUUGCCAAUGAAAAUAAUAGCUACACUUGCUUCCAUGCACAUCAUUCUCGAUGCAAUGUGGCCAUUUUUGCACCCGAGUCCACCAAGAGACAUUUAUUGUUGUCAGAUGAUUUGAUAUAUGAUUUGAAAAGACGUGGGGAAAGCUGUCGAAUAAACCCGUCAAGAUGCUUUACUUGUAACUCCAAAAAUCAGAAACUUGGGGAUAGAGUCGAGAGUGGAGACAUCAUUGUCACUACUGACCAGUUUGGUUUAAUAAGAGUCUUCAGACAGGACUGUGCCUAUGCGUACAGAAGGAUGUUUAUUGACUUUUACCAAAAGGGACAAAUCAAAGCCUCUAGCGAUAUCCAGCUGAUAACCCAAUCUGAAAAACCAUUGCCUAUAAGAAGAGCCUUGUCUCGCCGUGAUCGAAGUACUUCUCGUAUCAGAGACCCCAGCUUGAGUCCAGCACGACAAAGUGAAACUUCCAAGAGUAUCAGAAACAUAUUGGCGUCAAAAAUUAAUUCUUCAGCACCCCCAACACCUUCAUCGGAGAUGUCCUUUUCGAGCACAAUUGGAAGUUCUAGUAUUGAUACAAGACAUUACCCUGGAGUAGCCGUGCUUCCAAAAAAUCCAAUGUUAAGUAUAUCUGCAGCAGCAAGAAACCCACAGUUCAUUCAGCAAGUGCCAAUGGACCAUGAUAUUGCGUUGGAAGUAAACAGAACAGGUAGCGAUACCACAUUAGGAGCAGAAUCCGGUACACAGACACCCCAGGCUACUUUGAAUCAAGAUAAUUUACAUUCGAGUCGAACAUCUACAGUUCCAAAAAUAGUUUUUUCAAAGGAACCGGAGUCAAAUGAUGCGAACAACCAUCAUUCACAACUUGAGGAGGUCAAGAUAAAUAGUCAAGCACAAAGUCGGGGCAGAACAAAGUCGUGA